AUGGGAGGCUGUUGUUGCUGUGCGUCGAAGGGCACUGAACCUAAUAGCUCACCCACCUUCUUUCAUUCCCAGUAUCCAGCAUCUGAAGAACGCGAGCCCUUAUCAGCUCACCAUGCCCUUGUCUCCACUCAGCCUACUGGGCUCUUGGUUGACACAAAUUUAGAUACUACAGUCCCCGACACCUAUCAUCCUCCACCUGCACCAAUACCUUACGAAUCAUAUGCUGCCCACCCACCUACCUCGACAAGGAAUAGAGAAAGCACGUGCAACAAGACAGAUAAUGUUUUGCCAGCGAACAACACUGAGUAUGUUGGGGAUGUUAACUCUGGCAGCAACUUGGAGGUCAAAGUAAAGGACAUUGAGUGUGACGAGAAGAGCAGUGCAAAUAUUGAGCUGGGGGCAUUAGAGGAUGAAAUAUCUGACGAUCUUAAAAAGUCAAUUGAACCUAUGGUCCCAUCACUGCAGGAAGAGGAGGAUGUCUGCCCAACUUGUCUUGAAGGUACACUAGAGUUGGGUUAA